AUGCUCGCAUUUUCAUAUCUUUUAUCAUUAUUAUUGCUAAAAAUAGUGUGGGCAGCGCCUAACAUGGAAGAAUUGGAAGGUACGUGGACCUCGAAGUCCAACACUGUGUUCACUGGCCCUGGAUUUUAUGAUCCUGUCGAUGAGCUCUUGAUCGAGCCCGCGUUGCCUGGAAUUUCCUACUCGUUCACCAGCGACGGCUACUACGAGGAGGCCUUGUAUAGAAUCACAUCAAACCCACAGAACCACUCGUGCGCCGUGGCCAGUAUCACGUACCAGCACGGUAAGUAUGAGAUUUUGAACAACGGAAGCGUGGUGCUUACACCUAUCGCCGUGGACGGCAGACAGUUAUUGAGUCAGCCAUGUGGAGAUUUCCCAAAUGAGGCUAGAUACGUUAGAUAUGUCCAGCCGACCUGGUUCAAGACUUACGAGGUGAUGAUCAGCCCUUAUUACGGUAGAUACAUGUUGCAGAUCUACCAGUUUGAUGGAUCUCCUAUGCAGCCUUUGUACUUGGCCUACAAGCCACCUAUGAUGUUGCCUACCUAUGCUUUGAACCCAACGGAUAAGGCAUCUGAGACGAGCUCUUCGCUCAGAAAGAGAGUCAAACGUUCUUUGGAGAACCAGUACAGAACCAAUGCAGUGCGCCAGUUUUCAAAUGAGCAUUUCGAUAGAUUGUGGUGGUGUGCUGCUGGUGCGUUGGGAGUUGGCUCGGCGUUGUUUAUGUUGCGUUAG